AUGACUAGGAUAGAAGUAUUAAUUAUUUUAUUGUUUAUUACUAAAUCAUAUUCAUGGUUUUUGUGCCCACCAUCUAAUGGUUGUGGACCUGCACCUGUGACAUCUCCAUGUUGUAAUCAACAAAUACCAACACUUCCACAACCAUGCUGUAAUCAACGGCCUCCAUUAACAAAUAAUUGCAAUGGAUGCUCAUCUAGUAAUAACUAUCCACAAGCACAAGUUUAUCAACCACGUCCAUAUAUCCAACCACAACAGUUAUAUCAAAUUCCUCAGUCAUUUAAUCAACAACCACAAUACCCUAUUCAAAGUAAUCAACUUCCUUCUCAAUUUAUUCCUCAACAACAAUAUAAUGUAGUUCCAGCAAAUGGUGGUUAUCCUCAAAAAGAUUCAUAUAUUACUCCAAAUCCAUGUUAUCAAAUUGGAAGACAUAGAUGUUGUAAUCAAAAACUUCAAUUUGAAAUGGAAAAUUUCCUAACUGAUUAUCAAAAUACAGGAGCUAAGUCAAACUUUAAUAUAACAUUUGAAACAAUAGUUUCUUUAGGAGAUUUUGAAACUAAAUCAUAUUAUGAUGGCCAUCAAAUAUGUAAAUUUGAAAGAAGAGGAAAAAUUUAUAUGGCUUAUGAAACUCCAUUUGAAAAUCCAGAAGAUAUGAAUUCUGCUUUAGAAAAAGAUUUAGGAUACCCAGUUGAUAGACCACGUUCUAGUAAUAUCAAUUCUCCAGCAAGUAAUUUAGUACAUGAUAGAGGAAAUUUUGAAUUUGGAACAUCUGAAACUUCUAAUAAAGGAGGAUUUCAAGUGACGGAUAUUGGUGUAUCUUCUCAUUCUCAACGGAAAUGA